UCUCGUCCAAUGAACGCGCGUAAUGGGGAGGGGGAAAAAGACGGCGUGAAGCCCAAUCGCAGCGCCAUUACACUUGAGGGCAAAGAGGUUAGGAAGCCGGCAUGGCGCUCCGGUCAAUAAAAUCGAUAGCUGGAAGCUGCCUGUGUUCCAGGCAAAGGCGGUGCGGUAGCAGCGCCGCCAUUUUCCCCGAAGGCAUCUUCCGGUGCCUUUCACCCAAGUUCGGGCAGGAGUUUCCUGAAUAACAGCAAAAGGUUUCCGUUAGCCCCGCAGGCGGCCAAUUCCGAUUCCCUCCGGGCCUCCCCGGCCACGCUCAGCCCUGGUCCGGCAGGGGCUCCUCGAUCCCAGGGGCCGCCAGCGCCCGAGGGCCGAGGCCUGGACAGGGAAGGCCGUGGCGCCGGCUUCUCGGGUCCCAUGGCGCCACCUUCGGCUCCGCUCCCUGCGCAGGGACCAGGAAAGGCCAGACCCAGUCGGAAAAGGGGCAGGAGGCCGAGGGCUCUGAAGUUCGUGGACGUGGCCGUGUACUUCUCCCCGGAGGAGUGGGGCUGCCUGCGGCCCGCGCAGAGGGCCCUGUACCGGGACGUGAUGCGGGAGACCUACGGUCACCUGGGCGCGCUCGGGUGCGCAGGUCCCAAACCAGCCCUCAUCUCCUGGUUGGAACGAAACACCGAUGACUGGGAACCGGCUGCUCUAGAUCCGCAGGAGUACCCGAGAGGGCUAACAGUCCAGAGAAAUGGAAUCUCGCUCUCUCGCCCAGGAUGGAGUGCAGUGGCACAAUCUCGGCUCACUGCAACCUCUGCCUCCCGGGCGAUUCUCCUGCCUCAGCCUUCUGGGUAGCUGGGAUUACAGAAAGCAGAACCAGAAAGAAGAAUGGGGAGAAGGAAGUAUUCCCGCCUAAGGAGGCACCCCGAAAGGGGAAGCGAGGCCGGAGGCCCAGCAAACCCCGACUGAUUCCCAGGCAGACGUCCGGGGGCCCCAUCUGCCCUGACUGCGGCUGUACCUUCCCUGAUCAUCAGGCCCUGGAGAGCCACAAGUGCGCCCAGAAUCUAAAAAAGCCUUACCCUUGCCCAGACUGUGGGCGCCGCUUUUCCUAUCCAUCCCUGCUGGUCAGUCACCGGCGGGCACACUCCGGCGAGUGCCCCUAUGUUUGUGACCAGUGUGGCAAACGUUUCUCCCAGCGCAAGAACCUCUCCCAGCACCAGGUCAUCCAUACAGGGGAGAAGCCUUAUCACUGCCCUGACUGUGGUCGCUGCUUCCGGAGGAGCCGGUCCUUGGCCAAUCACCGGACCACACACACAGGCGAAAAACCCCACCAGUGCCCUAGCUGUGGACGUCGCUUCGCCUACCCCUCCCUGCUAGCCAUCCACCAGCGUACACACACGGGAGAGAAGCCCUACACUUGCCUCGAGUGCAACCGCCGCUUCCGCCAGCGCACGGCCCUCGUCAUCCACCAGCGCAUCCACACGGGCGAGAAGCCCUACCCGUGCCCGGACUGCGAGCGGCGCUUCUCCUCCUCCUCUCGCCUGGUCAGUCACCGGCGUGUGCACUCCGGGGAGCGUCCCUAUGCCUGCGAGCACUGUGAGGCCCGCUUCUCCCAGCGCAGCACGCUGCUCCAGCACCAGCUCUUGCACACCGGAGAGAAGCCCUACCCCUGCCCAGAUUGUGGGCGUGCCUUCCGGCGGAGCGGCUCCCUGGCCAUCCAUCGCAGCACGCACACAGAGGAGAAGCUGCACGCCUGCGACGACUGUGGUCGCCGCUUUGCCUACCCCUCACUGCUGGCCAGCCACCGGCGCGUGCACUCGGGCGAGCGGCCCUAUGCCUGCGACCUUUGCUCCAAGCGUUUUGCUCAGUGGAGCCACCUGGCCCAGCACCAGCUGCUGCACACGGGGGAGAAGCCUUUCCCCUGCCUCGAGUGUGGCCGGUGCUUCCGCCAGAGGUGGUCUCUGGCUGUCCACAAGUGUAGCCCCAAGGCCCCAAACUGUAGCCCUAGAUCUGCUAUCGGGGGCUCCAGUCAGAGGGGCAACGCCCAUUAGAAGGGGAAGGACUGCCUACGUUCAUUUCAUUUUAUGGAGGGUCCCAGAAAAGGGAAGGAGGAGCCCCAGGUCAUACAGGGCAGAGUCAGAACUAAACCCGGGUCUCCUGCUGCACAGAGCUGAACUUUGUAUCUUGCAAUGCGCUGGCUGCCUCCCUGUGCGUGUCUGGAACAGUCCCAUUAGGAGAGGUGACAUCAUUUGGUUAAAGUUUUCCAAGCUACCCUAUCCUAAAAUAGUUUGUGUGGAUAUCAGGGCUAAAAGCUCUCCCCAUCUAUUUUAGGGGCUGUCUGCUUUUCUAGUCUGUCCACACAGGGAUUGCCUGUCAUCUUGCAUGCAAUCAGGAGAAUCUCAUAGGGGCAGGACCUUCCCCUACUCUGCCUCUUCCUCCAUACUAGGUUGGAAAAAUCUGGUUUAGCCCACUUUUUGCAACACUCCUGCCAAGUGGUCUUCUAACCAUUGCUUGAAAAUCUCUCUUGACAGGGAGCUCACUACCUCACAAGGCAGGUCAUUUCAUUGUGGGAUCUAUAGAAGGUUAAGUACCACAUUCUCCUCUAAACCUUGCCUACGACAUGUUUAAUACUUCAUCUACAUAGCAGCCCUUCAGAUAAUCACAACCACUUUGCCCCCAAGUUUUCAGGUUAAGUAGCAUGAAUUUGGUCAUUCCUUAAAGACAGGGUUUCAAUUUCCACACAUGAUCUCUGCAAACAGGCACUGGGUUUUCAGUGUCCUUUUUGAAGGGUCAUAUAAAAAUAAGGUAACACCCACAGUGCCACUACACCUUCUGGGGCUGGACUUGUUUCAGCAGCUUUGGUUGCACUGAAUUUGGGGGAGCUGCAAGGUACCAGGGGUUUAUUGGGUUGCAGAUAUAUAAAUGCCCUAAACUUAAAAAAAAAAAAAAAAAAGCUAUAAAGCUAAGUCUUCAUCUUGUAUUUGGAAAAUUGGUUCAAGCUGGGUAUGAGACAUAAGUGUAGUCAGCUCUGGGAGAAGGUUGCUCUUAAGGAGAAGCAGGGACCUGUGGUUUAGCAGCAGGAAGUGCAAAUGGGACUGGCUUGUGCUCUACCUGGCAGACCUGGAUUGGCUUCAGGCAGCCAGUGCCUGGAAAAGCCUGGAGAAUUGGGCCGUACUUGACCCUGAUUCUCAUCAGGCACAGAUGAAUCACAUAAUACACAGAUGAAUCACAGGCACCUAAGAAUCGGCACAGAACUUCCGUGAGGCCUCAGUCAGCAUUUUUUCACAAAAUGAGCUGAGGCCAUUCAAGGAGGCUAGAAAGAGGGAACUGAAUCCAGAGAGGAAGAGUCUAUAGUCAUCAAGUUGUAUCCAUGCCAGCCUCCCUCCACAGAGGUGGCAGCAGCGUGGCUCAAUCUGAUCCACCUCCAUGGCACCCACUGGGUAGGUGCUUCAUAAAGCUUUACCGAGUUAAAUGUGAACAAGGCCUACCACUUUGCCUUGGGCAGCUGCACCAAAUUAGAAUUUCCAGAUGUGACUCAUCUCAUAUUCCAACAGCUGGAGUGGGUCAUCCUUUACCCCUGUGGCUCCUUCCUACAGCUCUCCUGAUCUCAGCACAAGCAGGGGAGCAGCUGGGGGAACACAGCUUUAUGUAAUUACCUCUGUUCAAUAUUUAGCAAGUUGCAUUGUAACAUUGUAACUGUUUGUUUCUCCUUGGAUGAUGAGCUACCCCCAAGAAGGGGUCAUAUCAGAUUGGGUCUCAUUAAAAUGUCUGAUGAAUGAA